AUAAUUUGAGUUCCCACAAUAACAGCGAAAUGGACGGAGAGACGGAGAAAACGUCACAGCCGAUCCCUCCGCUGCUUCAAGCAAAGAAGCGGAAACUGGUUUUGCAUCUGGACUUGAAUAAUACCAUCCUGGUGUCCGAUGCGGCAACCGGUCAGGGACCCGGAGCAGCUCUGAACUCUUAUCUCACCACGGUGGCCUGGGGGCAGUUCAGCGAAAGCGGUGAGUGGCGGUGGCUGGAGGACUGUCUGUCAGUGAUGCCUCCAUCCAAAGACGCCAUCAGCUAUUAUACUCAGUUUGGCCGUUGCUCAGACUUUGUAGACACCCAGUUGGGAAAAAGGUUUAAAGAUGUCCACGCUCAUCACAUGCAGCUACUGGAAUGGGAAGGAGAAGCAGACAAGGUCUUCGCACAGACCGGGGAAGAUGGAAAGAGAUACAACUGGAUCCUGCCAUCUUUCUUCUACCUGGUGGAGAGUCUAUACAAACAAGGACGCCGGUUUUCGGUGAUAUUACGGACGUUCGGCACUGACCUUCCACUCGUGCUACAAGCCGUUCAUUCAGCUUUCAUGGGGAAGCAUCCUCACCUUCCUCACCUGCGGAGUAUUCCGGCAAGUAUUAUUGGGGUAUUUUUUUCUUGUUUUAGGGAACAAAGCAGUGAGAGGUCAACAAGGUACUUUCAAGUAAUAUUAAACCUAGAAAAAUUGCAGUUUAGUAUUCUUUUUGAGCGGCUUCAAUUUUGAUGUCCAAAGUGUCAAAUUUCCUAUAUUAAAAUAUCAAAUUAAGGUUAAAGCAAUAAAAAGGUCCAACCUUAGCCCACAUCUGGUGUUAUGUUGAGUCUUAUAGGGCAAUAAUCCAUUUGUAUAGCGGAUAUUAAACUUUCUGGCAGCAAAUUACCGUUGAGGAGGAGUUAAAAAGAUAAGAAGGACUUUAAAUGGCGGCGACAAAUUUUUUUUGUAAAAUGUGGAAAUAAUGUUGAGUUACACCCCGGAUUUCCGCAGAUCACCAUAGAUCAGACUCCAGGAAGGAUCCGCUGCAGCAAGCGAGAGGCUGUGCUCACACGUGGAUCGGAUCGGAUCUCAACGAAGGCGAAGGAGCGGAACCUCUACGACUAUUUCAGCUCCAUGAAUGGAAUUGGAGGGUUUCAGGAUCACUUUGACUGGUGGGCUAGAAAUAGUUUUUCAAGUACUGGUGGAAAACCAUUCUGGAUCAACCCCGGUGACUGUGACACCCAGCAUAUCAUUAUAGACGAUAACAUUCGACUGAAUGAAGAAGAUUCUAUUGUCAACUGCCGG